ACUUGCAGUGCCAUAGCGCUGUCGUGCUAUGUGGCAUGGACUUGUGCUGGCUGGUUUUCUUUCCUGGGAGACCUAGUGCAGGUGAGUGGAGGCGUGAAGAUGCUGCCUCGCGUAUUGCGAAUGCAGCAUUGACUCACAACAGCGACUGCUACAUCUUCUUUGAAGAUCGGACAUGCAUCAUGUUGGAGCCUCAACUUCUUCAAGAGUGGAACGGCACCGAAGCAAUGUACCGAGAGUUGAGCCGGGCAGUGGUGGCCGACAACCGGAUCGUGGGCGCGCGCUUUCUCAACGAGCGGGUUGGUUUGGAGGAGGCCUUGCAUGGGCUGCUGGCGAGGGUCUUGGUUGAUGUGCAGGUGGUCUUAGACUUCCGCGAAGCUGGGCAUAUGGCGCUGGGCGGCUUCGAGACCCGAGCCAUGGGGGCCGGAACAAAGGCGUUGUGCGUCAUCGGCGGCGUCCGCGACGUCCGUGAGCGGGAGACGGAAGUCUUGACCGCGCUUUGCGCUAGAUUGAACGUGGGCAUGCUGAAGGUAAGUCUUGGAGAGAGACCGGAACUCACCUCCAAGUGCAUCAAGGCCGUGGGAGAAAUGAACCGCGGUGGGUAUUUCAGCAAAGCAGUGGCACAUCUGCUGCAAGAUUGCGGAAGUCGGCCUGUCCAGCAUACAAGGACCCGCCUACACUUGAUUGUGCUCAUCCCCGCUGGCACAUCUUUGAGAGAAUUCCUCGGGCAGCCUUGGACCGCUACAAUCCUGGUGGAUGCUUUUGUCAGCAGCCAUGGUAUUUACUCCAACACAUGGUUGAGUUUCCGGUCAACGACAGGCGAAGCGCUGACAAUUACAUCGCCUGGUGGUCAAUGCCUUCGGGCGGCUGAUGCGAUAAGUUUCCUGCAGGACAAGCUGGAACAUUCCCGAGCUCAGCGCACGCUUGAGGAGCUGAUAUGUGCACCCAGCAUCAGGGGACAGCCGCCGCAGCGAGUUCUUGUGGCGGACGAGACAAGGCCGGUCCUCCAGCCGAGCAACGAGGCUCUGGCUCGAGAGGCAAGGGCUGUGCCUGUGACGGUGAUCUUCACCCACGCUGCACACGCUGAGCAUGCUCUGGCAGCAUGUCAGGCUUCAGGCGUAAACUUCCACCACUGGGCCGCCAUGGGCGGCUUCUCAUCAGGCCUCGCCUAUGCCAAUGUGCUGCAUAGUUCUGGGCUGCUUGCCCCUGCGCUUGCAGUGCCACUGAGCAGUCGGCGACUGGCUCCGAAAGCGCAGCCAUCCUGUCCGACUGUAAGUCUGUCUUCACGCCUGCCGCCGAACCAGCGGCCCAAAGGUGCCCCGAAGCUGGCGCCAUGGGCCACGUCGCAGUCUGAAGAGGUAGCUUCCACUUCCAAGGCAGCAUCCUCUGCUUCACAAGGCGAGGCACUCGAUCCAGCUCCAACCAGCGACCCAAGUGACACGGAGCCCACAAUUGAUGCAGCCAGCUCUGGUGAGAGGUGACUCACCACCAUUGAGACUCGGAUGGAGGACGCGAAGAUCUGCACACAGUCCUUCGGCUUGUUCAUGGCUUCAUUCAAUGGCGGGCAACAUGGUCUGGAAGUCUGGACCACUUUAGCCUGCGUGACUACAUCAGCGCCGAGGUGACAUUAGGAUGACAAACUGGGAAGAUUGCUGGCAUUGGUAGUGCAGCAGGGCAAGCCGGCCAACACGGCUCUCAGCCAUGCCCAUGACUUCAGCUGGAUGAGGAAAUGGAUAUUCUUUCACUGGCAGACAGAUGCAACUUGGCGAGGUGAACCUGGCAUCGGCGCCAAUGCGACUGGUGGAUAUCAACUGCAGACUUUACAAGGUGGCACGCGUGGACCUAAGACCAUGGUGAAGUAAACAAGGGCUUCAAUCAGUCGAGGGAACUUCCAGCAAAGCUUUCCGUGCUGGAAAGAAUCUGCACACAUGACCACAUAUGAGGACAACAUGACGGGAUCAGCGUUGUCAAGGGUUGAGAAUGAAUGAUGAAAUCAGCCUGAGACGAUAGCCGACUCUCUCGUUGCUCGAAAAGAGCUUGCCAAAGAAUGCAGAUGGAGCAGCGAGCAAGCCGUCUGCGCACUCAACGGACCGCCAUGCAAUCAGAAUGCCACGGAGGAUAUUGAUUGAAGGGAAUCAGGUGAUGGUGCCUUGAGCGUCACUUGGACAAAUCUGUCCUGAACACCCGAAGCAGCGGAGUCUCAGUGCUUGUCGGAAGCCCGGAAAGUGGAGAAUACCGAUUGACAGAGGCUGAA